AUGAAUGGCCUUAGUCGUUCCUCUUUCGAUUAUUUUCCGAUUGCGUUCCUCGAUCAGUUAAUGAAUCGUAAUAUUCGGCUCUUGCUCGAUUUUGUGGAGCGGCUUAACACGCAUAACAGUAAUAUCUUCCGGCGGAUGUAUUCCGAAAACGAAGAUUUAAGAUUUAAAUCGCUUGAUCGUAUUGAAUUAUUCGCAUUUUUUGUUGACUAUUGUUCCAGAAGUGACGAGUUGUAA